GGGAGGCGAAAUCGGGCGAACGGCAUGUAAGGGGAGCCGAACGAAUAGUGCUUACAGUGUGAAAACGUUAAUAUCGACAACUAUUCUGCAACCUCUAGCGAGGAAGACAUAGAUCACAGGACAUCCUGCAGCGAGUAAGCACGUUGGCCUUUGUACUUAGAAAACUUACUUUCGUUGCACGACUCGAACAAGACAACCCACCCUUCAACCCGAGGGGAUAAGCAGAAGUCAACUUGGCGAGUUGCUCUGCAGGAAUGUCGCAGAAGGAAAGACCCAAGUUUUAUCGGCAGGAGGUCAACAAGAUGGUUUGGGAGGUCCCGGAGCGCUACCAGAACCUCUCGCCUGUCGGCUCUGGAGCAUACGGAUCCGUGUGUUCAUCGUUUGAUGAAAAAACCAGUCUGAAGAUAGCUGUGAAGAAACUCUCUCGGCCCUUCCAGUCCAUCAUCCAUGCCAAAAGAACGUACAGAGAACUACGGCUGCUCAAGCACAUGAAACACGAAAAUGUGAUUGGUCUUCUAGAUGUUUUCACUCCUGCUACCUGCCUGGAGGAAUUCAAUGAUGUAUACCUUGUGACUCACCUAAUGGGGGCUGACCUCAACAACAUAGUCAAGUGUCAGAAGCUCACGGAUGACCACGUACAAUUUCUCAUCUACCAGAUCCUGCGGGGGUUAAAGUAUAUCCACUCUGCAGACAUCAUUCACAGAGACCUGAAACCCAGUAACCUGGCUGUGAACGAGGACUGCGAACUGAAGAUCCUGGAUUUUGGGCUGGCACGGCACACUGACGAUGAAAUGACUGGCUAUGUGGCCACUCGCUGGUACCGUGCCCCAGAAAUCAUGCUGAACUGGAUGCAUUACAAUAUGACAGUGGAUAUUUGGUCAGUGGGGUGUAUAAUGGCAGAACUCCUCACUGGAAGGACUCUGUUUCCUGGUACAGAUCACAUUGAUCAGUUGAAGCUAAUCAUGCUGCUCGUCGGAACACCAGGGCCCGAGCUCUUGAUGAAAAUAUCUUCGGAGUCUGCCAGAAACUAUAUCAACUCACUGCCACAGAUGCCCAAGAGGAACUUUGCUGAUGUCUUCAUCGGUGCCAACCCACAAGCUGUGGAUCUGCUUGAGAAGAUGCUGGUUCUGGAUACGGACAAGAGGAUCACAGCAGCUGAGGCUCUGGCCCACGCAUACUUUGCCCAGUACCAUGACCCAGAUGAUGAGCCAGAGGCUGAACCAUAUGACCAGAGCUUUGAGAGCCGUGAGCUUGAGAUCGAAGAAUGGAAACGGUUAACCUAUGAGGAGGUGCUGAGUUUUGAACCCCCCAUUUUUGAUGGAGAUGAAAUGGAAUCGUGAGAGCGGCCAUGUACGUCCACCCAGCGUUCAGUAAUUUGUUGUCACCUUUACGAUAAUAUGAGUGCCUACAAUUCUUAUUCAGUCAUGACUAUUAUUAGAUCAUACAUUUUCCAUCAUUAGUUCUUGUAAGGGGAACAUUACCAAAGGGGCAAUAGGAAGAGAUAUUUAAGAAGCUUGACCAGUUACCUUUUUUUGUCAUAUAUGAACCACUAAUAUCAAUGAUCUGUUGCUGGAAAAUGUCACACAUCAGUUUUUGUCUGUAGCUGAAAUAGUUUUAUAUUGUCAUGAAGUUUUAUUUAGACUUCGGUCACUCAUCACUGUGACAGUCAAAGUGUGAGAUGCUGAAAUGUCCAGAACUAUAGCUGCGCUAUUGUGUGGAAAAUUUAGGAAUGGAUCAUUUCCGAAUAGCUUUUAGUGUCUUAUCAGUUCAGAAAUGCAACAUGUUAGUCUGCCAGUCGUUCUGCCGAGCUAUCAAACAGCACUGCAUCACAUGCAUUUGUAAAAUGACCGCUGAAUGAUAUUUGUAUCUCAAUUACCUAUUUUGGAAUAACUAUCUUUAAAAUGUAUGGACUUUGGAGGGCAUUUCUUGUUUGAGAAAAGAAGGAUUUAUGCUUGUCAAUGUGUUUCAUGGCUUGUGUAACUUGAGAAUGUGCGUGUUCUCUAUAGACCAGUGACCCGUUUUGUGCUCAGAGGGAAAUUGAUACAUGUUUUUCAUGUUUAUUGUAAUAGUCAGGUGACCCUGUAUUUAUUUCUUUUCCCAAAUGAGGAUUCCUGCCUGUGAAAUUAACUAAAUCGAAGACCUGGGACUUCUCUAAGGCACCUAUUUUAAUCAGAUUGAUUUAUCAAUUUCUACACGCACCGUGCCAGCUGACGAGGCACUGCUCUUGAAAACCCAUUAAUUGGUGGGUACAAGAUCGACUCGAUAAUAUGUAAAUACCUGUUCCAUAUACAUUUUUUAAUCUAUGUUUUUACGCAGUUUGUUUUGUCAGUAAGCAAUCACUAUCAGCAUGUACAUCAUUUUGUGUUUGUGUGUGUGUAUGUAUGAGUGAUUUGUUGUUUUACAGGAAUUUGCAGUGUCAAGCUAAAAUUGCUAAUAAAAAUAUUGCUUAAAUGUCUAAAGCGGGAUUUAGAUGUAUUUAUACGUUGUUGAGGUGGUAUUUAUAAACGGCAAUCAAGACUCCCAGUAAAUAUUUUCAGUCUAGAAGGGCAACUACUAUCAUCUUGCUUUUGUUUAUCAGAAAUAAAGACAUAUUUUUAAGAGUC